UUCAGAAGUUCAGACAUAUAUUUUGUUUAUUUUUCCUUUAUCGGAAUAUGAAAUAAAUAAGUUAUACCAUUAUUCUCAUUUCAUGAUUAAUAAUGAACGGUGAUCAUAGUCCAGUUAGCCCAAUUGAUAUCAACGAUACUGAGCAGGCCGUACUAAUGGAUCCUAUCGACCACGAACGAUCUAGGUAUCCCUACUGUAUUGUCUGGACACCCAUUCCUGUUUUAACAUGGAUAUUCCCAUUCCUUGGUCAUAUGGGUAUUUGCAUGUCGACCGGCGUUAUAAGAGACUUUGCGGGACCAUACUUUGUGUCUGAGGAUCUGAUGGCUUUUGGAAACCCCACAAAAUACUGGCAGCUGUCACCACAGAAAGCAGCCAAUGGGCAAGCUGGAUGGGACGCUGCUGUAGCUGAAGCUUCAGAAAUAUAUAAAAAAAGAAUGCACAUAAUAUUUUAUGACAACUGCCAUUCCCAUGUCGCAACAGCUCUAAAUAUAAUGAAUUACAAUGGACAUAAAAAUUGGAAUAUGGUCAAAUUGGCCUUUUACAUGAUACCAUAUUCAAAAUAUGUCAGUUUUGGUGCAUUCCUAAAGUCAUGGGUACCGUUCCUGAUCAUAGUUGUGUUCAUUUGUGGACUAACAGCUCUCACAUAAUGCAGCCAUUGUUACAAUCGUGUAAUGUUGGUGCUGGUUAUGAAUAU